CCAGACCAAACAGUAUACGUCGGUCUGGCAAAUGGGUUCGCCUCCUUUUAUAGUCAUUGUAGUGCCUGUUAUUAAUGUUUUCGUGAUCCAACGCGAUGCAACCGUACCUCCACAUGGCGAGUGUGUUCCAAACUCCGUUCUUCCGGAUGUGACCAACCUGACCCUGGUAUCAACCGAGAACACAUCGUUCACGGUGUCCUGGGAGCGUCCCAAGGAUGACUUCGACUAUUAUCGAGUCGAGGUCACCGGCAGCAGCAACGACGACUCUGAUGACGGACCGUAUCGCGUCGGUUCGUGCGCGAACGGCUCCAUCGUCGAUGCACACAAGACGCAAGUCACCUGCGACCACAUUGAACCCUGCUCCAACGUCACCUUCAGAAUACGCACCUACGCAAAAGGACCACCUGAGAGGGCAUCUCCGGGUGUUGCGAUGGAUGGCAUCUUCGUUCCUGGGCAAGGCCCAGGCACUCCGAGCAAUGUGCUCAUAUCUUGGUCGACGCCAUCGCUAAGUCGGCUACAUUGGAGACACCCUGACGAUGUAUCUGGCAACAUCCAGGGAUACAGGGUGAGGAUAUGCCAACGGUACCGGUCGUGUGACGUCGAGCAGGAAAUGGCCGGUUGCGAGGAGCAUCCCACGUCAAGCAACGAGUUGCACUUGGAUACAACGCGAGGGACACAGUACUGCGUCCUGGUGAGCGCAAGAGUGCGGUGCGGGGGACAAGUUAUCAUGGGCCAUCCAGUUGUUGCGGAGGUCAUGGCGCCCUUGUCUGCCUUUCCACGUGUGACCAACCUAACCCUGGUAUCGGCUGGGAACAAAUCCUUCACGGUGUCCUGGAAGCGACCCCAGGAAAAGUUCGACUAUUACCGCGUCGAGGUCAGCGGCAGCGGCGGCGUCGUUAAUGUCGGUUCGUGCGCAAAGGGCACCAUGAUCGACGCGAAGGAGACGCGGGUCACCUGCGACAACGUCGAGGACUGCAGCGAUGUCACCUUCAAAAUACGUGCCUACAACAGAGGGCCACCUGAGCGUGGAUCGUUUAAUGCAGCCUUCAAGGACGUCUUCAUACCCGGCCAAGCCGCAGACUCACCGAACAACGUGCGCAUACUCGGGAUAUCGCCAUCUCUGAGCCGGCUGCAGUGGGAACCACCGGAGAACAUAUCUGACAGUCUUCGUGACUACACCGUGAGAAUAUGUCGCUGGUACUGGCCGUGUGACGCGAAGCCCGACUUGACCGGUUGCGUCGAGCAUCGCACGUCGAACAACUGGCUUGACUUCGAGACAACGGAAGGAACAUUUUACUGCGUCCAGGUGAAGGCAAACACACGGUGUGGUGAUCAAGUCAUCAUGGGUCUUCCAGCCCCGAAAGAGGUCAUGGCGCCCUUCCUUGGAGAAAAAGCGCAUAAAUAA